UGCGGGGUGACCCGGAGCUCGGCGUUUUAUAAAAACUACUUUUUUAAGCUGAUGUGCAGCAAAAAACGACCCAAAAACAGCGCGAAUAGUUAUUUAGUGCUCGUCAUGUGCUCAGUCGGCCCCCAGGCGCGUGGAUUUUACGGAUAAGCGAAGGGUGGAACCCCCGUUUGCAACUUACGAGCUCUUCCAGAAAAAAACAGACUCGAGCUGUCAAAUGCUUGUUGCUCGGGGGAAGUCGGCGCUGGGAAAAAGUGGCGAUUUAGCAGCGAGGAGCGGAAUCUCACCGCUGUUUCUGCUAAAGCAGGGUCUGUUUAUGUAGUCGGUUGAGUUCUACACCGAAUUGGGUCGAUUUUAGCGCCUGUUUAGCUCCCACUUUCCCGCUAAGUCCGCGCUGGGUGGUUGCCGUCUGGGCUUCGUGACUGUCGGUGUGGCUGGCAGCGCUUGGCGGAGGGCAGCAGAUUCGUGGCGAUGAGACCUUUAUUAGGAAGUGCCUUUCACACAACUCCCCUCGUAGCUGAUCUCUGGUCUAUGUCUGACUGUACCACCCACACUCCUCUCUCUCCACCUCCGUCAGAGCACUAAUCCCUCCAUCUCAAACCAGCCCUCUCUCCACCUGACUGCCGCAUUGAGUACACCCCACAGGAGCCGACAGUCUAGCAGGACAGCUCUAACAGCCACAGCCAGGAUAGCAUAAAAAUAAAGAGGAAAUAAUAAACCGAGCCGUCUCUUAGAGUAGCUGAAGCUGAGGGAGCAUGCUCUGAAGGCUCGGCUGAAGGAACAUUACGUUGUACUGAUUAAAGUGAAAUAUUCAGCCAAAGGCAGUCUGAAGCUCUUCCUGUUUUGAGUGCCAGGGAACAUGCAUGUUUCACUUCACAGUCUCCUGUCAGUCAAACAGACAGACUUGUGAUUCUUAAGCAGGCAACACUCAAGCAGUCAAACUCUCCUGUUGCCCUAAAAGACAACAGUCCGACAGUCUGAACGUAGUGGAUAAGUGCCCGUAUCUGAUCGUCUGAUUCCUGAUUGUUUAGUCUGUUGCACUGGACUGUCAGCAACAUGUCUGUGGCAUUGCCAGCUGUGCGUGACACUAAGUGGCUGACCCUGGAGGUGUGUCGACAGUUCCAGAGAGGCACGUGCUCUCGCAGUGAUGAAGAAUGCAAGUUCGCUCACCCACCCAAGAGCUGCCAAGUGGACAAUGGCCGAGUCAUCGCCUGCUUUGACUCCCUCAAGGGUCGUUGUUCACGGGAUAACUGUAAAUACCUUCACCCUCCAUCUCACCUGAAGAGUCAGCUGGAAAUCAAUGGGAGGAACAACCUGAUCCAGCAAAAGACAGCUGCAGCCAUGCUGGCACAGCAGAUGCAGUUCAUGCUGCCAGGAUCCAGCCUUCCUGCUGUGUCUCUGCAGUCCUCUUUUCCUGUUAGCCAGAAUUUGGGGCCGGGGCCAGGGAUCAGCUAUUCCCCCUACCUCUCUUCUGUCCCUCACGGGAUGGGGCUGGUUGCAACUGAGAUGCUCCCAAGCAGCCCUGUUUUAGUCCCUGGAAACCCUGCAGUUGCGGUGCAGAGCUCAAACUCCUCUUCAUCAUCUCAGAAAGCACUGCGCUCCGACAAGCUAGAGGUUUGCAGAGAGUUCCAGCGAGGGAGCUGCUCCCGAGGAGAGACAGACUGUCGGUUUGCCCACCCAAGCGACAGCCCCAUGAUUGACAGCACUGAUAACACAGUGACGGUGUGCAUGGACUACGUGAAGAGCCGGUGCUCCAGAGAGAAGUGCAAAUACUUCCACCCUCCGGCUCAUCUGCAGGCACGCCUCAAAAGCUCUCAGAGCACCCAGAGCAGUGCUGCAGCUGCUGCUAUGACUCACUCAAGUGCCAAAGUGCUGAAGCGACCCCUCGAGGCAACUGUUGACAUGGCGUUCCCUCACAGUAUGCUUCAACCAUUGGCUAAACGAGUGGCUUUGGAGAAAACUGGGGGACCAGGUGGUCUGUUAAACCCCAGUGUUCUGCACUACCAACAAGCUCUCACCAACACACCACUGCAGCCUUCUACCGCACUGUUUCCAACAGGCUCAGUCUUCUGCAUGUCUCCUGGACCUGGCAUCGUUCCCAUGAUGCUCAGUGCCCCGCCCGCUACUGCCUCCGCUCCUGCUGCAAGCCCCUACGCUGCUGCUGCUGCUGCUGCUGCCGCGGCAACCGCCAAUCAGAUCAUUUUGAAAUAGAGCACAGGAGAGGAACAGAGUGCCAGCGCAACAUAAACACACUCCUUAGACGAAGAGUGUGUGGACAUGACAUCCUUAACUCACCAGAACUACAGCUACAUGCAUGUUGAUGCACACACACACACAUACACACACAUGCACUUACAUAUAGACAUAGACAUAUAGUCCUACCAUUAGAUAAUGCCUAUUGGAUUAUGUUCAAUAAAUAUAUUGUACAAAUUUGAAAUAUAUAUAUAUAAAGUAAGUAAUUAAGGUAAUUAUAAUAAGUCUACAUUUAUAGAAGAGAGUUCUACUGGAAUACAACCUUACUCUUUUUGCUUGUACAUUUUAAAACAUUAUUAAUUAUACAGUUAUUAUACACAGUACCAUCACUAGUGUUGAGUAGGUUAAUUCAACACUUAUUUUACUGUGUGAGUUUAUUUACUUAACCUUUUUUAAGGCAGUGUCUUUAGAAAGACUAUUAUAAUAAGCCCGGUGUGAGAAAUGCCCUCUUGACUGAGUGCAUAAUAACUUAUGUAUAAGAGUUUACCCAUUUGGAAAGGCGUCAGGAAUGGACUGGAUACCCUAGUGCCGAAGCAUGUCAAAACCAUGCUGUAAGAAAAUGGCGAGCGGACAGCACGUGAAAGCCACGCUGGAAAAUGACGGAGGGAGCCGAUCUCUCAGCUCUACAGUUCCACAGCGCCUCCUAAUGGCCACUGCUGAAGCUCUGCAACAUGACCUGAGAGAUCAGCUACUCUGUUUGCCAAAUUACUGGUAGGGAGGGAAAUAAAUCCAAUGUUUUGACCUUUAAAAGUGGCCAAACAGAAGAGAGAUGUGACUUUGAACCCUUUAAGACUUGAGUGUGAAUCUGAGGUUUAUUGCUGUGGCCGUUCUUUUAUAACUCCCAUAGUUGGAAGCGUUGAAUGAGUCAGUGAGGAGUUUGCCACAGUAAAGGCUUGUUCUCUUGCUCUCUUGAUACUGUGCCAUUGGAAGAGUGAAAAAGACAGAGAGAAACCAAGAGACUAUGACGUGCAAAUGUGUGAUUUAGUGUGUGUGUGUCUGUAUGUAUUGUGACGUAGUACUGUAUAACAUCAGUUAGUAAGCCUGGGCUCCACAGCUAGACUCAGGUUCUAGAAUUGCCAGCACUUUUGAGCUGAGUUCAGUUGAGCUGAGUUGGGCUGAGUUCAUCUUUUUCCUGGUUUCUGGUUUUGUUUUCUGUAUUUAUUCUGUUAUGAUUUUGUAUAAGUGCCUAACAAAGUUCUAACUAGCAUCUAAUAGAGACAAAUUUGAACUGUUCAUGUUCAGUUAAGUUGCUGCAAAGUGUCAAUCUUUAAAAAAAAAAAUGACAAAAAGGAUGAAAGGUUGUGGAUGUGGAUGUACACAUUUUCUUUAACAUUUCUUUAGCCCUUUGACGUAACAGUAACAAAGCUAAGCUAAUCUGUUACUGUGUAAAAAGCAUAAAACGAUGUUCUAUACAGCAGCCGGAGUCUACAACUGCAGUCUAGCAGUCCCACUGCUGUGUGGCUCAUGUUUUCUCUGCUCUACUCACACGUGAUUCAGCUCAUCAUAUAAUUAUCAAGCCCUUCAUGGGUUGAAUCAUGUGAUAGAGAAGGGAAAGCUGCAGGCCAGCGUCUCUAAAGCUGAAAAACACCUGCUGUAGAGAAUGCACAAUCUUCCCUGAGCUUCUGCAUUUAAUCGAGUAACAAUCAGUUUUGUUUUGUUUUUUUUACUUAUAAUCACAUUUACGUUUAUUUAACAUCUCAAGGUUAUUCACUCACUACAGUGUGUUUAAAUUUAACAUGCACUCAACAUAAUGCUUAACUACUCUUCUAUUAUUAAUAAGACUAUAAUAAGACUUACAAUGCAUCUUCAUUUAGUAAUUGAUCAUCAUUUUUCUUUCUGUGACUCAGAUUGUGUUUGUAUGUAUGUUUUUUGAGAGUGUUCUAAUUCAGGGCGGAGAUAUAAUGCCAUGUGAGAACUUAGACAAUCUUCAGUUUAGAUACACAAAGGCACUGCUUAAACUUUUACUCAUUUAACCUCUCAGCAGUCGAUGCCUGAGGAUAAUUUAUGUUGUGAUAAGAUAUAUGAGAACUAUUAUGUAAUGUUGCGGUAUUGAUUGUUGUUAAUGGACCAUUGUUGUAUUCUGUUUUUGAGAUGAAUGUAAUUUAUUUGAGGUAGGGCCUUGUUGUUCUGAUGAUGUUUUGAAAAGCCAACUCAGGCUCGCCUCACUCUGCUAAGUCGCUUGACCUGUGGAGGAAGGGAAAAAGGGCCUGGGCUCCUUUUUUGGUGGGCUACGGUGUACUCACUAAACAGGGUGAAGCACUAAUCUGGAUUAUACUGAAAGUAGUUUGAUAAUACUGUUGUGAAUCUAAUACUUUAACAAAAUAGUUGUUGAAUGUUUUGGGAUUUAGAGGUGUGUAAUUAUAGAACGAAGUCUCAUAUUGUAAAAGAGGGAAGCCUAGCAAGUAAGCCUAGCAGUGAGUGAGUAGCCAGGCCAGAGGAACAGGCCGCAGGGUGCUAUCAGCCUGCCAGUCCCACCACCACCACCACAGGACGCAUCAGCACAGGCCAGGCUGGAAAAGUGCUCAUUUUAUGUCAAACUAAAGAUGAACAUUGCAUUUCAUUUUAUAGAGGUUCACUUUUGUGUGCUAAUAUUUUAGAACAGUACUAAUUUGUUAAUUGUGACAGUUCAGAAUUGCUAUGAAUGAAAUUGUGUUUUUGUAAGUGACGUUACUUUCUUUUUUUAAGAUGAUAGGUUCAGUAUGAUGUUUUCCCUACUACUGGAAAAUACUUAGUUUCAACGCCUUAUUGUCAUGAUGGACCAUGCUAUUUAAUUAAGAAGAUAUUAGUCUUAAGUUUCUCACUUAUUCUACCAAAAAAUAAAUGAACGUUAAACUUAAAUCAAAGUUUUAUUUCCUAUAUCCAGAUAGAAGCCUACAUGCGUCAGAAUUUAUUAUGAAGCAGCAUACUAAUGCUAGAAGAGCAGUGUGUCAUCAUUCACAUGACUGUGAAGGAUCCAACUUCCCUGGCAUUAAGUAUAGUUGUGAUCAUAUUUUAGGCAAAAGCAUAACAAAGAAAAUUUUGUGCUUAUUUCAGCCUGGUGUCCUAUGUCUCAGUGCUGAAUGAAUUUUUUUACUGAAUAUAUGAAUGUGGCCCAUGUAUGUAUCGAUGUAUCUUCUGCUCUCUUAGUAUCAGUCUGGUGGAUCAGAAAUUCAGAAUGUGAUUUCUCUCUUGACUGUUGAAACACUUUCUGAACAGGUUUACGACCGGUUAGAAGUCUGUUCACAUGUGAUGUUUGCCUUAUCUUCUAUGUGAUGCUCUUACCAUUUCUUGUUUUCAAAUGUUAUUUGAAAGCUUUUUGUAAUACAAAAGAUUGUAUCUGAUCUCCUAAUCCUUAAUGAACAACUUCCCUAAAGGAAUAUUCUGUAACAACCUGAUGCUAAAGGACGUGGCAGUUGAAAGCGAUAGACACAGGAAAUUCACCCCUUUGAUGGCCAUUUAUCCUUUGUUUUUUAUUCUGAAGUCUGUUCUCCAUAGCUAGAAUGAACAAGUGGGUUCAGAUCCCUUGAAUGGAGUAGAGGCUAGAUGUAUGGUUUCUAGGUGUGGAGAACAGACGUGGAUAUUUCUUACUUGCGCAGUGUUGGGUUUUCUCACUUCCACCCUGUUCCAUAGGCUCCAUAUGUCACCACUAUCAGGGGGAGGAAUCACAAACAGUCAAAUUUCAUGCUGAUUGGUUCUGCCACACAUUAUAAGAUCCUUUUAGGACUUUUUAUAUGCUCUUUUAUGUAAUAUUAAGUAGUUUAAUUGCUUUGGUUCCCUAAACAUACAGUAUGUAAACUGUAUUGUCACAAAAAUGAAUAAAAUCUUUUAAUGAGUA